AUGUCUCGUCACUUCACCAGCACGGAUGAGCAACAUCUAGUCCAGUUUCCAGAAUCGAUCAAUAAUUACUCCACGCCAGAACCGUACAACAAAUUUGGCGAGCCACGGUCAGAAACAGUAAUCCGUGUCGAUUACAUGCCAUUCUCAGAUGGCGUCCCAGCACAGGUAUACAUUCCCGGCUGGUAUGGCAUCCGCAGCAACGACCUCCCCCUCGGCAAAGACCAUAUCAUCCUCGGCGACUUCGGACAGUCUUUCAACCCGCAUACAACGUCCAUAUUCUCUUCAAAGACCCUUCCACAUCUCCAACCACCGGAAACCCGCUUCUCAGACAAACCCCUUUCAUUCCCCUCAGAUAUAUGGACACUUGCCUGUACCAUCUGGGAGGUCUAUGGUCAAAGACCGUUUUUCGAAGUUUUCUGGGCAACGGCAGAUCGCGUUGCCACGGAGCAAGUCGAAGCUCUGGGUAUCUUGCCUCCAGAGUGGUGGACAAAGUGA